AUGGCCUCGACAGAGCAGCUCUUCCUCGCCCUCCUGAGGAGCGACACCAUCCAGUCCUCUCUCGCCAACCACCUCUCCACCACGGACCUCUGCGCCCUGCGCGUCUCCUCCUCCGCCUGCUGCAACCUCCUCACCAAGCGGCUCUUCACCCGCCUGCACCUCACCUUCACCUCCUCGUCCUUCACCCGCCCCUGUCGCCUCGACGCCCUGUCCCGCGUCGGCCACCACGUCGAGCACCUAAUCUUCUACAUGCCGCACUCGGACGCCACCUUCCUGCCGCCGCUCGUGCAUCCGGCCACGGGCCAGGAGAUAUGCUUCCUCUACUCGCCGCACACGAGCAUGGGGUCCGCCCUCGCCAGGCCCAAGUACGCCAACACGGAGCUGGCCGAGAUCCUCACCCAGCAGUACCCGCCGCUGUUCCACGCCGCCACCAACGUCCCCAGCUUCAUCAACGCCGUGGGCAUGGUGCCCAACCUGCGGCACCUGACGAUCCGCUGCCCCGGCCAGGACCCCGCGGAGCGCUACCGCCGCGACGUCGUCGACUACGCCCUCAUCAGCCUGCGCAUCGCCGUCGAGCGCUCCCCGCUGGCCAAGCUCGCCAAGCUGUCCCUCUCGUCGGUCCACCCCGCGGCCUUCAACUACCUGCGCCACGUCUCGGGCGUCGGCUGCGUGCCCUCGGCCGCCCGCCGCUGGCGGCAGAUCAAGAAGCUGCACGUCUCGGUCGAGGCGUGGGACUUUUACGCCCCCUCCUCCCCGGGGCUGGACCACCUCAAGAUCAUCGACGACUACGUGCGCUUCUUCGCGCCCCGGCUGGAAAAGUUCGCCUUCUCCUGGGUCGGCGCCGUGCCUGGGCCCUGCCCCGUCGCCCUGUCUGGCGAUCCCCUAUUUGCGCCGCCGCGCGCCUCCAAGAAACUCUUCCACGAGGUCACGUCGCCCAUGUCGCCGUUGCCCACGCGGCCCCCGCGCGCGCCCAUCCACUUCCCCGUCCUGCGGUAUCUGCAGGUCCGCAACGCGCGCGUCAACGCCCCGCAGCUGAGCGCCCUCAUCAACGCGCACACGGCCACCGUCCGCGAGUUUGACUUUGAGAACGUGGUGCUCGCGCGCAAGGACAGCUGGGACGAGGCCCUCGCGCCCGUCAUGGGCGACGACUCGUGGGCUAGGAGCAGCACCGCCAGACCGCCGCCGUAUGGUGGCCUCUCUGCUGAGACCAGCGUCGUCUCGGAUGACGGCGACGAGGAGCUCCCGAGCCCGAGCGCGGCGGUGGCGGCCGCGAGCAGGGAGCUAUUGGACGUGGAGCUCGGCGGCUUUGGUCUUCCUGAAGAAGAGGAGGAAGAGCAGGAGACAGCAGAGGCAGGACACCGUUCUGAGCAGCUGUCCGUGGCGCAAGACGAAGACACAAUGAGCUUCACUACCAAGCUCAAGAAGAAGCGCUCCCGCCGCCGCCGCAGAAAGCCUCACCACUCACACAAGGAGAGCGAGGAACCAACUCCCGAGCGGCGCCCUUCCACAUCUUCAUCAUCCUCAUCCUCCCCGUCAUCAACGCCGUCCCGCCGUCGCAGGCCCUCACUCCCCAAGCUCAAGUCCUCACUGGAGUCGAUCCAACAAAGCAUCCGCCGCUGCUCCACCCCACCCCCUCCGCCCUCCCCCCGAGAAUCAACUAUAUCAGCGCCCAUCCUCGCCGCCGACCCCCGGCCCGUGCUCCUUCAACCGCGGGUCUACGACCCCAGCUCGCCCGCCGCCGCCUCCGCACCCGACGACGGCAUCACGAGCGUCCAGCGCGACAUCGAAAAGGAGGAGGCCCACCGGCUUCUCGCCGAGGAUCCCUCCGCGCGGGCCAGCGCGCUCCAGCGCGCCAAGGAGGCUGUCCUGGCCAAGCUCAGCCGCGAGUUCUGCGCCUCAGCUACCGCCUCUCACAAACAGAAAGGCAGCCGGCCCGGCGGUGCAGGGGAUGCGGUCGCGGCGUGUCGACUCCUAGCGGGCAGGGAGCUCGGCUGGUGCGGUAGCGAGGUGCUUGAGGAUAGGAGAGCGUGCGAGAGUCGGAGCGCGCUGGUGCCGCUCAUGUUUAGCAGGUCCUGA